UGAUUAUGAAAAAAUAAAAAAAGAGUGAAGUGAGUGAGGAGUAUGUACACGUGGAUGAGUUUGGGGUUGAUUUUAGUUUGAUCCUAAAGCUAUGAGAUAAGAGUUUACACAGUUUUGCAAAAAAAAAAAAAAAAAAAAGUUUACACAGACGUUAACAGUAUUGAGAGUAUCAAAUCCAUCCAUAUUCAUGGAGAUUCAAGCUCGAAUCGGAAUAAUUUCUUCUCACGCUUUCACCUCCUCAACCCUCAAAUCUUCUUCUUCCUCCUCUUACGGGACCAAGAAGUUUCUCUGCUCCUCCAACGAUUCUCAAGAUAACCAAGACGAUGAUGACAAAUUCUCUAUGGAUUGGGACAAGGCCUGGUCAAGCUUUAGAAAGCAAGGGAGGAAGAAGAAAUCCCUUUUCUCACAGUUCUCGCCAAACAAGUAUGUGAGCUGGAAUCCUAGACGUUCAAAUUACCCAUUGUCUGAGGAAGUUGAUCCCAUCAAAAGAGCAGAGAGGUCGAACCUCAUGUUAUGGACUAGUCCAGGGUUUACUCUUGCGGGAGCAAUUGUAUUAGUUACAUUUCUUUUGAUCUAUACCAUUCUUGCACCAAUGAAGUGAUUUUUAUGAACUUUUUGUUGCUCCCUAUGAAAGCAGGUCUUCUAUUCUUGGCUGUAAUUGUAUUCAUGAAGACAUGUUUUUCCAGGGCAAUGGGUUAUAUAUGUAACAUAUGAGUUUAUGAAGCUACAUUUGUUCA